GGCAGGGCUGGCUGUGGGGAAAGGGCCGUCCCGAGCCGGGCCCGGGCCUCGGCGGCGCUGCCGGGCCAUGGCGCUGAGGCGCUGCUGGGCGGGCGGCCCUCGGCCCCAGCCCCGCGGGGGACAGCGAUGAGCCCCGGGGGCUCUCCGAGUUAAAAUCAUGGCACUGAAACAGGUUUCCAGCAACAAAUGCUUUGAAGGUUUCCAGAAGGUGUUUGAACACGACAGUGCAGAGCUAAAAUGCAGAAUGAAAUUUGGAAUCUACUUGCCUCCAAAAGCAGAAACUGGGAAGUGUCCUGUGCUGUAUUGGCUCUCGGGGCUGACCUGCACAGAGCAGAAUUUUAUAACGAAAGCCGCAUUUCAACAAGCAGCUGCCGAGCACGGCCUUAUUGUGGUGGCACCAGACACGAGCCCACGUGGCUGCAAUAUUGAAGGAGAAGAUGAAAGCUGGGAUUUUGGCACCGGUGCUGGUUUUUAUGUGGAUGCCACUGAAGAUCCUUGGAAAACAAACUACAGGAUGUAUUCCUACAUAAAGGAUGAGCUGCCUAAACUAAUAAAUGCCAAUUUUCCGACUGACCCUGAACGGAUGUCUAUUUUUGGGCAUUCCAUGGGAGGUCAUGGAGCUCUUAUUCUUGCUCUAAAGAAUCCUGGGAAGUACAAAUCUGUGUCAGCAUUUGCUCCUAUCUGCAACCCGAUUCAGUGUCAGUGGGGGAAGAAAGCCCUUGGUGGAUAUCUGGGACCAGAUGCAAGCAAAUGGGAGGCCUAUGAUGCCACACAGCUUGUGAAGUCCUACUCGGGCGCUCGCCUCGACAUCCUGAUUGACCAAGGCAAAGAUGACCAGUUCCUGUCUGCAGGCCAGUUACUGCCUGACAACUUCAUCGCUGCCUGCACCGAGCGGAAAAUCCCUGUAGUCUUCAGACUGCAGCAGGGUUAUGAUCACAGCUAUUAUUUCAUUGCUUCAUUUAUUAAUGACCACAUCAAACACCAUGCAAAAUACCUCAAUGCUUGAACCAUUUGGAUGUGAGUGCUGCCUGGACAAUAUGAAUCAAGAGAGAGUGGUGAAGUAAACAAAAAUCAUUUGCUGAAGUAAUGUUUGUAAAAUGGAGCUCUUCUGAUUGACUUCUAAGAAAAAUAAAAGUCCCACUUAAUUUGA